GAACAACAACAUGGCGGCCGGGCAUCUUUUCCCAGCGUGGUAAACAAACCUUUACCACAAUAUUAUAAUAUUUCAUGAGAUGUACUUUCCAAUCGGUUGGCCAAAGUACUUCAGCUCAAGGGAUGUCCACUGCGGCGAGCUAAAAUCGUUAAGAUACAACAGGGAUCGUUCGCUAUUGGCCGUGAUUUCAGAUCACAGUGUGUGUAUUUGGAACAACCGAGUGAGUAUUAAAUUCCCAUUUUGUCGUCUGUCUACUGGGUAUCAUCUCUGUGAAUAUCAUCUUACUGUUAGGGCCCUAGCUGAUAAACAAAGUUAUAUUGAUAAAGAUUCGUGACAGUUUCUUUCGUGGCAAGGUUUCGUGUCGAACCGGCUACUACCUGGUCUACCCCUGGCCAACAAUAUUGGAUUAAUUCAUAACCAUUAUGUUCAGAUCUGUGAGGUUAGUUUCAAUCCUUGCUUACCCGUUCGAUUCAGGAACAGAGUAAAUGAGUCUUUUUUGACAUUUAAAAAUAGAGCUGCAAUGUACACAAAAGCUAUUCAAUUGCAAACAGUUUCCUUUGGAAACUUCUUUGAAUAAGCAGACAGCUGGUGAACACUGCAUGGACAUCAGUUGUUUAUUUGUAACCCAAUGAAGCCUGAGUAUGCGUAGGUAAGCCUCGGUAAUCCUCGCCAUAUGCAGGACUCAUCCAUAGUGACUGGAAGGGUCUUGAAAGACCAAACAAUAUCAUUCUGAAUUUAUGUUUAUUCUUAAUUGUUCCAGUAUACUCUCAUAAAUUCUGUCUCUGUGCAAGAUAAUAUGUCUUUUUAACUCAAAAUGAAUGUUUUACAAGUCUUCUCUUCUGCACCAUAUUGUUUUAAUUUAAGCCAAGAGUACUGGUAGUUGCUUAUCGGCGAUCAUAUGAUGCUAUUAAAGAUGAUGGAAGAAAUGUUACAGUUGCCUGGAAACCAGACUCUACUGGAUUGGCUGUCAGUGUGAGUACAUCUGAUCGCUAAAUCAGUAUCACUAGCAAGAGGUUUGGAUUGGUCAUUAUUGUAACUUUUCUUCAGUAUGUAAGAUCAAGGAACAGUAAAAUGAAGUGGGAAGGUUUUGCUAAAAGUCUUUUUCCCUUUAGAAAUUCUCUUUACUCAGUGGUAUCCUUACAUGCAUGUCUUGAUUCAUUGUCCAGGUACAUGAAGAUUUAGUCCUAAAAAGAAAAAUUGAAGAUAUUGUUGCUUAUCCCUUUGGCACUAAACUUAGUUUGCAGUUACAUUUCCUUCUUCUUUCCUUAGUGGUUCUUUAGUUGAAGUUCUAUUUAUAACAUAAAAGUACAUAUUUUCAUGCUUAUUAAAGAUUUUGUUUCAUUUUAUUUUAAAUACAGACAUCAGAGGGAAAGAUAGUGUUCCUGGAAUUACAAAGAAGCAAUGGGGUACAACUUUAUGUUCCAAGAUUCUCAAGGUGAAUGGCAUUCUAGUUCUACAUCAAAUGCAAGAAAAAUAUUUUAGAAUGGUCAAACAGUCACUCAUUAACCCUUUCACUCCCAUGAUCUCAGUAGUAAUUCUCCUUACCAUCUGCCAUGCAAUUCUUACGAUGUUGGUUUUGAUAAUUUAGUAUCAAAUCAAAUAAUCAUCCCCUACUUUAUAUUUUUCUCUAUUCUUGUUAUUUGACUGCUUGAUAUUGUGAUCAUUUGAUGUUUUAAGGAGAAAUUCUCUCUUGGUCACUUAUGGGAGUUAAAGAGUUAAGUGACUCAACCUUUUAACUUUCAGAUCAAAUUUGUCAUUCUCCUUACUGUCAACCAAACAAUUCUUAUGAUGUUACUUCAGAGAAUUUAGUAUUGGAUCAAUUAAUUAUCCCCAAAUUGAUAUUUUUCUUUAUUCUCAUCACAUAUCUGGUUGAUAUUGUAUUGGUGUUGUAAGGAGAAAUUCUGUCUUGGUCACUCAUGGGAGCUAAAGGGUUAAGGCUCAUAUUCUAUAAGUUCAAAGUUUUAUUGAAUUCCUCUCUGCAGAAUUACUUUUUUUGUAAUGUGUAUUUUUUUUUCAUUUCAUAUCAUAAUGAAGAAAUGUAAAAUGGUUUCCGUGUUUACAUAGCCUGAUGUAAACACUUGGGAGGUUGGGAGAACACAAGAUAAGGGUAGGAAACCACGACGUGAAGCAGAGUGGUUUCCAGCUUAUCGAGUGUUCUCCCAACCUCCCAAGUGUUUACAUCAGGCUAUGUAAACACGGAAACCAUUUUACAUGUCUUUUAUAAAAUAACUAUUGAAAGAGGAACGAAAACCGUGUUUAUAUACACUUAUGUAAAAUGGUUUCUUUGCCAAUCAGAGUGCACGUACUAUUUGAAUUAUUUUAUAAAUCCUUGUUGAAAAUCUUUUUGCUAUCAGUCACUCUCGUAGGCAUUCAUCUCCUAAUUCUCAAGCUGGAGUACCAGCUUUGAAACUUGUAGAAAUUGCCAUUGUCCCAAUCUCAGGAGGUGUCACAAGGUACUGUAUGUGAAUUUUACAGCAAUAUAUAAUUGUAUGUAUUAAAUUUCAGACAACAAACAACCAUGCUGUAUAAGUGUUCAGUCAUAUUUAGUUAUUUAUGAUAUUUAGACAAGCUGGCCCAGUUUAGCUUUAACCCCAUAACACCCAAGAUCUGAUUGUCAAUUCUCCCCUUGGGCUGCUUUACAUUUUGUUUUCAGUUUGUUACAAGAAUUUGGUUUUAGAUCAAGGUUACAACUUCUACCUGAUAAGCUUGAGUGUUCUCAUUACCUGUUUGCUGGAUAAUUAAUGGUAUUAUAGGGAGAAGUUACACGUUAAUCACCUCUGGGAAUCAAAGGGUUGAAGCUGGUUUUAGUGGGAGCCUAUUAUGUUCCCUGCUCUAUGUGAGAAGUGUGUGGGUUCUCUAACAUCCCCUGCUAACUAGUACAGAGAACAUGGAGGAGACAGGGCCUCACAUUCUGAGGCAGCACAUUCUCUUCAGUGAUUUUCAUUAAAAUCCUGAGUAUUGGUCCAGUCUGGGGCUUGAACCGUCAUUCUUCCACAUGGUAAUCUGGCACUCUAACCGAGCAAAAAUGUUUUUAGAAGUUUUUAUUAGAGAUUUUUACAGACAGAUUUUGUAGAGCAGUUUCAUUGAUAUAUGUAACUGUUAUUUUUAGCGUGGCUGCAAGGCGUGAUGAGUUAUUUGUCUCAACUGGUAGUGGUCUACUCCAACGAGUUACCUGGGAUGGCUUCCUUGAAGGAGGAUUGACUUUGUCCAUUCACUCCUUACCUUUUACAAAUGACCUAGAAAAUGCAAGAGGUAAAUUUACACUUUUUACAUGACAGUCUAACUGUUUUACUUUUUGUGAAAUAAUCAACAAAGAAUAGCAGGUAUUAUUCGUUAAACUUAUGAAAUAAAUGAUGUUUCCUUAGCAGUCAUUGAAGUCACCUAUCAUUUAAAUGCAGAAUGCUGAAUAAAACAAAUCUUCUUUUUGCAUUGUUGUAUAUAAGGCCACUGUCAGUUUUCACCAUUGGGUUUGGUAGGCUGCUUUUUGUUCCAGGUGGCCUCUUAUCCAGCUUCUAUUACUCUAUCUUCUUCUCUUUCCACUAUUAUCCUUUGUCUUUCUUUGGUUUUUCCUCUCUUUGCAUAGUCAUCAGGGUUCCUUUUGUAGAAAGCUCGCACUUAACUUGGUGGGUGAUCCGUUCUUGUCAGAAUGUCACUUGAAGAAAAGAUUACAUUAUUUUUUCUCAAUUCUUUUAGCGAUUCCUUUAAAAACAGAAGGUGUGAGUUUUCGAGCAAUGGAGUACAGUCCUUUACUUGGAGGGUUUGCUGUGGUGCUGGCAGAUGGCAGAGGGGGAUUUUUAUCAGCUGACACAGCAAGCUUUGAAUGCUCUGUAAGUAUGAUCUGCAGUGACAGUACGUGAUUAGCGAUUCUCAAUUUUCUUUGUGUGUCGGUCAAUUGAAGUCACUGUAUUCAUUUAUGUAGAUGUUAUCAUAUUUUAUCUACAAAUGCUUUAAGUAUGCAGAGCUACCGGUAUGCAAAGUUUUUGCAUUUGUCAUAAGCAGGAAGUAUUUGUCAGUAGUAAUCUUUCAAUUUUUACCGUGGGACUGUUUCAAGUAAUGCUCCAUCCAAAAUUUAAUGAUAAAAUCUUUGAUUAGUCUUUUUAAAUAAGCUAAUAACUUAUAUUUACUAACUAAAGUUAAAUAAUUGUAAGAACUAAAUUAUAUUACAAUGAUUGUCAUUUCAGGAUAUCAUCGGAUUGUGGGCAAGAGAUUUAAGCUCAGCCACUUGUGUUGCAAUCAAUCACAGAUACAGAUUAAUAGCAUUUGGAUGCACUAAGUAAGUUAAGUUCUACUGUUUCCAGGUUCGAUUGGAAAUGGAGUGGUGGCCUUUGUGGGUGAAAAAAAAAAAAAAAAAAAAGAGAAUACAGAGAGUAACUUGGAGCAAGGACCAUAAUAAACAACAAUCUUAACCCACAUUUCAGGCUAGGUCACAAAUUCAGAACCCUGGCUUCAGUGGUGGGAGACAAAGGCUCUAAUUACUGCACCGAAUCUGUCCCCACUAUAACAUGCACUGCAGGCUGUGAAACUGAAUCAACUGGAUUGCACUUCUUUUUUUUCUUAUUAUUAUAUUCUUACAAUGAUGUAUGAAUGAGGCUGGCAGUACUUAACCCUUUAACUCCCAGAAGAGACCAACAUGUAACUUCUCCCUGUAAUAUCUGUACAUUACCUAGCAAACAGAUACCAAGAAUACUCAAACUUAUCAGGCAGAAGUUGUUAUCUUAAUCUAACACCAAAUUCUCAUAACUAGUUUACAGGGAAAUGUGUUUUCAGCUAGAGGGGAGAACUAACAAUCAGAUCUUGGGAGUUAAAGGGUUGACAAAAUACAAAUCUCUGAUAUAGAACAAAAUGUUUAAAGGUAACUUUGUUUAUGAAAGUAAUAGCCUCAUAGGUAUUUUUAUCUUCAGUGAAUACAAUUUUUCUGUUUAGUGGUGAAAGUCUGGUGUAUGGAUUUGAUGACCUGACUGGCAGUUUGCAGCUUUCUCAUAAACUGGUUUUAUCUAGUAAGGAUUAUCCUGGUAUCCUUUUGAAAUAUUGCCAACACUUUAAAUGGGGGCUUUCAGUUUUGUUACAGUGUUCUGUUUGUGACCAAGAAACUAUUCUGACAAUGUGCUUCCUCUCCUUGCAAAUGAGUACACAUCCAUACCAGCAGAAUGUCAGGGAAAACUGACAAAAUACAUGAGGAAAAAACCUGGAGUGGAUUUGCAUUUUGUCUAGGAAGAGUUUUUAUUGUUGUUUUUUUUUUGUCCAGGGGAAGGAACAAAAAUCUUUCUUGGCUUAUGUGACAUAAAAACUCCAGAUAAGCUGUGGAAGUGUUAACCACUUGGCUCUAGAACUGGCUUUACCUUAUAUACUUGAUUAGAGUUUACAGGAUUGACAAGAAAAGCCAUAACUCUGGUUAAUGCCUCAAUAAUUUCUGUAACUAUAUGACCACUUGCCUUUUAAUUUUCUUGCUUAUCUACUAUGUCAAUGUUUUCACAAAACAAAUAUGCAUAAGAUCUUUGCUUAGUUGCCUUAACAAGAUUGAUGAAGAUACUAUUCAGGCUACAGGAGGCAUCCAGUGUCUAUCAUGGACACCUGAUGGGUGUGCCAUUGCAGUAGCUUGGUCAUGGGCGUGUCAUGGUGGACUAGCUGUGUGGAGUGUAUUUGGAUCACUACUGAUGUGUACUCUUGGUGGAGACUAUGGGUAUCUGACAUGAUUCUAACACUGUUGUAUUGUAGAAAAAUUUUCCAUUAAGUUAAGAAGGUAAUUUGAGAUCAAAAUCUGCUUCAGUGCUAUCUGUGAUUGGUCUAGAAAAUUCACAUUAAUCCCCCCCCCAAACCCAACUGUCCACAAGCUGAGACAUGGGCUAUAUGCAUCUUGGAGAUUGGUGUUGUUCUACUCAAUUGUCUAACAUAUCUUGGCAGGAAGAAUAUUUGCCAUGACAAUAUUUAUGCAGGUGACAAGCAGCUUACCUGUCAAAAAAAAUUACAAAAGGAGAUGUUUAAAAGCUAGUGAUUGCUUCAAGUUUAUUUAAGAUAGUCUCAACAAAACACUCAAAACAGUUUGUGGAUAAAAAGUCACUGGCAUGCAAUGGAUACUCAUCUGCAAAUUAUCCACUUACAGGACAUCUCAAGAGGCUGUGCUGCACAAUCCACUGCACAUUAAGUCAAUGGUGAGUCUAAUACUUAACAUUAAUUUCACUUCUAGUGUCUUAUCACAAAUGCUGCAAUCUGACUGGCCACUUUACUUGCUAUAUACUGCAUGACAGAGAGUGAGUUAAGCACAGUGGGUUGUCUGACAGUGUGGCAUUGUGAUCAAAAUAAAUCAAAGACCUGAGCAGGUCUUGUUGUUAAGUUUUGAACAACAAGUAGAUUAUUUGCUCUUGAUAUCUAAAGGUGAUAGUUGAUUUGGUCUUUGCCUUGCACAUUAACCCUCUCACUCCCAAGAUCUUAUUAAAAACUCUCCCUACAAUCUGCCAUGCAAUUAUUAUGAUGUUAGUUUGGAGAAUUUGCUAUUGGAUUAAACAAUAAACCCCUACUUUUCUUUUUUCUCAUCACUUGCCUGCUCAAUGUUGUAUUGAUAUUGUAGGGAGAAAUUCUGUCUUGAUCACUCGUGAGAGUUUAAGGGUGAACAAAAAAAUGCUGCUGUAGUUCACUUUUCAGAAAUUAGCAGGCAGUUAGUCAAAAUAAGAUGUAAAGUCUUUUAAUUUAGUCUAAAUUUAUUCAUAUUUUUAAUUUUGUCAGGGUUGGGGCCCAGAAGGUUACACUUUGGCUUUGGUGUCUGCUGAGGAAGAGAGUGGUACUGCAGGUAAAAAUUACAAACUUAAAACCUUUAACUGCCAGAAGUAAUCAAUGUGAAUUUUUCCCUACAAACAGUCAGCCAAAACAUACAAUGGUUAUAUGGAAAGGGUCCAACCUCAAUGGUUUUGUGGCAUUAUUGCACAGAUAUAUCUAGUUGGGUAUGGUUCCAUCUGAUUUUGAAUGAUUCUGUCCAAUCUUGGACUUUUCAGUCUGAUUUUUGAUGAUUCUUUCUACUUUUGAAUGGUUCAAUCAGUGAAGACACUUAAACACAGUGUGACUAAAUUUAUUUUUAGGUGACAUUAUGCAACUCCAGUUCAUGAAAAGUGCACUAACAGUAAAUCCUUGCAUGGUAAGUGGCUUAAGUAUAAAACAGUGUGUGCCACGAUUUCUGAUGACUGAAAUCCUCAUUAUAGCGGAGCUCGCAGAGCGUAGCCCCAUAAUUUUACAAAAUGGUAGUAGUAACCUAUCAAGCCGAAAAAAUUUGGACUUACAACCAUAUGACUGUACGACCAUAAAGGGUGUUACUUUUAACAUGCAUGGUCAACUGUACCAUGGGCACACUAACGCCACUGCUUUGUCCAGUAGUCCAGUGGUCAGUGCACUGGGCUGCGAGUUGGACGACUCGGGUUCUAGUCCUGGCCGGGGCAAGGCGUUGUGCCCUUGCGAUGGAUGAGAAAAAAAAAAUUUGAGCUCUGCUUUUAGGCUUGGCUAAAUCUAUAUAUUAGGUGAUAAAAUACACUGUUCUCUAAAGUAACAACCAAAAUUUGAAAUUUUCUGUUCAGGAGAAAUAAUCUUGUAAGCAUGUUUAUAUUAUUAAUAAAAAUUGCAUGUCAAUUCAACUCAUUUUAUAGAAGGGAUUAUCAGCUGAAAUCUUUAUUAUUAUUAUCAGUUAUAAAAUUAAUAUUUUAACCUGUCAAAGGCAUAUUUUUCUCUUUUUUUUCUUUUUUGUUUGGGUUGUGGGGGGUGGAGGCAAGAGGUGGAAGAAAUAAUCAGAGAAGGGGAGAGGGCAUGAAUUAGGCCAUGCAUAUUAAUGUGUGUUGCUGCUGUUGCUGCUGUUUCUGCCACCAUUUUGUUCAGUUGAUAUUUUGAGCUUUGAACUAAUCUUGUCUACAACUUAAUUCUUUCAUUAUUCCAGACCAACCAUGAGCAUCUAUUUCUUCAAGGUGAAGAAUGUUUGUACCUCAAUACUGGGGACAUGGUGUCUGAGACACAGGAACUCUUAGAGGGGAAUGGAACUAGGCCUGUGAUUGGUGGACCUGUUGGGCACAGUACAUUGGUCAGUAACAAGCAAUGGCUUGUGCUACAGGUGGGUAGUUCAAUAGGCUCUCUUUCCUUACAAAGAUUUCUGAGUUUCAUUUUUUUUAUUUGCUCUUUUCUCUCUCUUCACUCUAGACUCCUUCUAAUUAUCUUGACAGCAACUGGCCAAUAAGGGUAAGUGUUCCUGUAUUAACUAAAUUAUGUUACUGCUUAUACAUGAUAAAUGAAAAAGAAAAGAACACCAUUAGUUACCAAGAUGUAAAACAUGAGUAGAAAUGUUGUCAGUUCUACUUAGUUUUAAGCUUUACAGUUUUAAUUGACUUUCUUUACUAUUUUUGGAAUAAAUUAAUACAUUUCUAUUCACAUGACCAUGACCAUGGGGAUCAGUGUCAGUAUCUGAGUAACUGCACACCUACCCCUCCCCUAACCUAACAUUAACCGUGAAUUUUUGUCUGUUGAUUGUUGUUGGGUUAGGGGAGGGGUAGGUGCGCAGUUGAUCAGAUGCUGCCAAUGAUCCAACUAUGAUAUGGUAAGGUUACCUUCAUUUUAUUGCAGUAUGCUGCCGUGGAUAAGAGCGGACGCUGUAUCGCUGUGGCUGGUAGAACAGGAAUUGCUCAUUAUUCACUCAACAACAGAAAAUGGAAGCUUUUUGGAAAUGUUUCACAGGUAUAGAGACUUCUUAGCAUGACAGAUACAAUUUUUAACCCUUUCACUACCAGGACUGAUCAGAAAGUAAUAUCUCCUCACACCUUUAAUACAUUUCCCAACAAAAAGAUGUUUAGAGGCGAGAAAGGUAUCAAGUAGGACAUAUUACUUGAUCUAACACCAAAUUCUUAGGGCUAAAACUGUAAGAAAAGUAUGGCAGAAAGUGAGGAUAAUUGAGAUUGAGAUAUCUUGGUAUUGAAAGGGUAUUUUCUAUUAUUUCUUUGGACAGAAAUCAUUGUCAAUUCUUCAGGGAAUGUUAAAGAAUCUAAAAGAAUUUUUUGUAGACUGAAAUAAUUUUUGUUCGUUUGUUUUGAUUUCCAGGAGCAAAGUUUCUGGUGUCGUGGCGGCUUGGCUUGGUGGAGGGAUUUCCUUAUUGUGCCCUGCUACAACUCAAAUUCAUCAACCGACGAAGUAGGUGACCGUGUAAACCAUUCAAACAUCCACUUCAUAGACUAAGAGGAUUUCUUGUGUUCUGAUUUUGUUUAUUUCUUUUUUUUUUUAGGUUCGUUUUUACCCCAGGACGUGUAAUUUAGACAAUGCAUUUGCUGUUAACGUGAAGCUGCCUGCUCCAGCUUUCCUUGUGAAUGUGUUUCGUUGCUUGUUGUUAGUUUACUGUUCUGACUGCCGAGUGGUGUUCUUUUCACUAGAGAGGACUGAUUAUGAUCCAAGUAAGAGACUGGGUUACACUUUCCCUAGAUCCCUUUCUACUUCUUUAUCUCGUCUGUUUCUGAUUUUGCUCAUCUUUUAAUUGGAACAAGGCCAACUGAAGAAUGCAAAAAAAAAAAAUACCAGGCUUAGACAGCUUCGAAAGGGGGGAGGUUGGGGUAGAAAGACCCAUAAAUGAAGGAGGGGGCCUUAAGAAGGGGUCUACAAAAAACUUUUCGAAAUGAGCAUUUAAACGAUUGCUUUCUUGCAAAACAGACAAUCAGCUGAGCAAGGCACGGUUUUCCUUUUUCCUGGUUUUAUCGGGUAACGGGAUUAAACUGUAAACGUUAUCAACAAAACAUAAACUUACCUUUGAACUUGUAAACUGUUAAAAGCAAAACUGCAGAAUCUACCUUUUUAGUUUAUAUCUGGAGAGAGGAGAAGGGCGGAUGAUAGGAUGAUCGUUAAUUCUUUACCGUAACAUCGGUAUGCAUAUUCUUCAUACUUUUCUGAAUACACUUCCUAAGGAGCUGAGAAGGAGAAUUUGUUUACUAAUCAAUAGCUUCAUUAGUUGGUGAUCAUUUUCUUUCUUCUUGUUACCUUAAUGUGUGAAUUGGGGGCAGAUAUUGUAAGGAGAAAUUAGCUGCUUACGAGUAAGGUUUGUGGUGAACGGGGAACGGUGACGGUAAUCCCAGAACUCCUUGGUUGGGUUUGGUCUUGUGGUAAUGAAAAAAAAAAUGAAACUUUGUCUAGUGAUUAUUUACGAUAUUCUUCUCUCGCAGAUGUUCCUGAGGUGCAGGUGACACGCGUGCAAGAAGUGGCGUUGGUGAAUCACGUGCCUCAUCCUUUAGCAGUGGUUCAUGUCACGUUAACGUCACUGUAUGCAGGUGAGUGAAAUGUUGCACAUAGCUGUAAUGCUUCCCUGUGGUUCAGUGUUAAAGUUAUUUUUAUUUCUUCAGAUUACCAAGGGUCCGAUGGACUUGAUGGCGUGGAGUCUCUUAUAACAAAUGUUGGGGGCCGGCUACUAAUGCUUCAGAAAGAUAAAGCGUAUCCUGAAAGAAAGUCGAAAAAGGUAUUAGACACUGUUAUGAAAUUUACAGUCCCAGUAACAUAGCCUGCAUCAUACCAUGUCAGCCUCUUGUUUUGUGCUUUCAAGUAUUUUCCAAUUGUAAACGAAAAAACAAUUUUAGAAUUUCAUGAAGUAUUCCCUACUUAAGGGUCACUUUUGCAUAGAGGCCUGAUAUGAGGUUCGUCAGUAACGAGAUGAAAAACAUCGUUACUCUGGCUUGGUCAAUGUGUUGUGUUCUUGGUCAAAACAAUUUACUCUCACACCUAGGAGUAUAGAUGGUAACCGGCCAGCGGUUCCUGACAGUUUUAGACAUAGCCUCUGUUGAAUAACACCAUAUUCAUCAUUAAUGCCUUCCAAUAGAAGUUGUAUGCUUUUGCCCCUAGUCUUCAUUCUUUUCACCUGUUGUGUUGGCCUCGUGUGUGGAGAACGUGUGGACAUCGUCCACCUCAAGUCGAACCAAGAGACAUUUAAUGGAAGCUUUGUGGCUGGGAUGUGGCGCAAACGGAAUGAAGGUAUCAGACGCUUAAGUUUAUAACUAUACAAUCAUUGAACUUUGCGUCCCUUUGUAAACAUUUUGUGACACAGCCAUUCCGUAAUUUUUUAAACUACUAUUUUUUUGGUAGGGUUAUAUAUUCGUUAGUAGUUGAUAUCACAAAUAGGGCCUGUUCUUAGGCAAAACACGUAUCUCUUACAGUGUCUAUCUCCAGCCAGGAGUAUAAAUGGGUACCGGCAAAUUAUCAGGGAAGCCUGGUGAAAUGCUGGGGGGGGGGUUAACAUUGCAAUGGACUGGCGUCCCAUCCAGGGGGGAGUAGUAAUACUCCUAUAGUUACUUCAUGCCAAGGAAACCGGGAUAAGCUCCGUCUGGGUGAACCACUUGGCUCGAGUACAGACUUUUACAAGUUAGGAUGAAUACUCCCUUUGAAUCAACUGUGCGUUUCGUUGCUCCAAAACCACUUUAAGUACCGCAUAAAACAAUGUCUUGAGGAACAUUUCAUCAUUAACUUUUUCUAACCGGGAUCAGUAAUGUUUAUUUUUGUUCCUGCAGGUGUGGCUCCCAUUAUUCCCUGGAAAUGAUGAAAACCCGCCGAAUUUUCUAUCGAAACGAAUCAUGCUGCCUUUCCAUCUAAACAUCUAUCCACUUGGUAAUUUUGAGUUAUUCCUAAAAUAGUCUGUAGUUCCUCUACGUUAGAAUGUCGAGGAUCCCCGAUCUCGACUGGGAAAGAACGCACCUGGCGCUCCCUUGCUGCCCGCGUUGGUCACGCAAGUCAUGAAAACGACUGACGACGAUUCAGGCGUAUUUCUGCUAAGGGGCUGCUUAAGGGGUUAAUUUGAUAACCGGGAAAACUUAAUAUGUCGAAUGUUUUAAUCUUUCGUAUUUUCAGCGAAAUGAAACCUUUGAUGUACUCUAAUACGAACGUUAUUCCUCAUAGCUGUGUUAUUUCAAGAUGCUGUGAUUCUCGGCGCUGCAAAUGAGCCGAUGCCUUUAGAAUGUACAUCUCCUGCUCCUACGUCUCUUUCACCGCAAGCCUUUCCUUUCUGCACUCUGGAACGAACGGUUAGUGACGUGUUUAUCCUGAAACUCCCUUAAUCUGAUUUGUAAUUCUCCCUCCUUGUAUCUCUAAAUUUCCUUCUAAAUAAGUGAGGAGAAUUUGGUCUUCUAUCUGGAUAAAAUCAGUUGAUAAAUUAGUUAACUCUCACAGCCUGUUUGCCAUGUUUUAUACCCUAAUUGUGAAGAGAAUUUACAUGUCAAGCACUUUUGGAAAAGAAAAGGGAAGGGGAGCUACCAUCGUGACUCACGUAUCUUGAAUAUUUGAUUUUGACUUGCUUGACAUUUACGUUCCUCUUAGACGCAAAUCUACCUUCAUCACGUGCUAAGGCAGCUGCUGCGUCGAAAGUAAGUAAGCUUAUAUACCAUCUGCUUUCUGAACCCUUUACACCCUAACAUCAGUAUGUAUAUUCUCUAUACUGUUCUCUAUACAUUUCCUAAGGUGCUGAAAAGGAGAAUUUGUUUAACAAUCAAGAGCUUCUUUCGCUGGUGAUCAUUUUCUUUAUUCUCCUGUCCCUGAUGUUUGACAUUUAUGGGGGGAAAUAAGAUGCUUGUCACCAUUAGGGGUUAAAAUUCUAACGAGACUAAAGAUCAACACAAGUCCACGAAAAGCUGUUCAAAAACUUUAAGAUUUAAAUGAAAGUAAAUUAAAAAAGUAUUUUUCUAAGGUUUGUGAGGCUUGAGUCUCUUCACUGUCACAGUAAUGCGUAUUUCUCCUCUGUCAGCUUGGGCCAACAAGCGUUGAAGAUUGCCAAUAUGUGUUGUGACUUGCCGUACUUUCCUCAUGUGCUUGAACUCAUGCUACAUGAAGUACUUGAAGAAGAAGCCACAGCAUCUGAACCCAUUCCAGGUAAGUAAGAAGUGCUAUUAAUCAUCAGUCUUAGCAGAUGAUCCAUGGGGAAAAAGAAACAGAAACUUCAAUCGGUUCUGUAUUUUCUCCUGACAGAUGCUCUUCUUCCUCGUAUUGUACGAUUUAUAAAGGAGUUUCCUCAAUAUCUUGAGACAGUCGUGCACUGCGCGAGAAAGACAGAGGUGGCUUUGUGGAGUUAUUUGUUCAUGGCUGUUGGUAAUCCACGAGACCUAUUUGCAGUGAGUGGCUUAAGCCUUUACACCCUAAUAUCAGUAUAUAUAUUCUCCAUACUGUUUACAUGUUGCUGUCGAGAAAAUUUUUUGAAGGAUCUAGAGCUCAAGAUCUCAUUAGUAAUUCUCCUUACUUUGUGUCAUAUACUUCCUGUGAUGUUAGUUUGGAGAAUUUGGUAUUGGAUCAGCUAAUAAUCUCCUAGUUAAUAUUUCCUUUUAUUCUCAUCACUUGUCUGCUUGAUAUUGUAUUGAUAUUGUAAGGAGAAAUUCUGUCUUGGUCACUCAUGGGAGUUAAAGGGUUAAUGUUUGAUUCAGGCAUGAUGUUGUAAGGGGAAAUUAGAUGCUAGUCACUCUUGAGGGUUGAAUGGUCAAACCUGGUUUCCUUAUGAUCGCCCGAAUCGUCCCGAUCUCCCUAGUAUAGAAGUUCUGCGUAACCUCAGCAUUCCUUAUCUCAUCAUUCAGAUCAUUUUGUUUGUCUGUUUGUAUCAGGAUUGUCUUGCAGCGGGUAAACUUGAGACUGCCGCCUCAUACCUCAUUAUUCUGCAGAACUUGGAACAACCAGCUGUAAGCAAACAGGUUAGAAAAAGGAUGUGAACUUUGACAAUUUUCACGGAACCCUAGAAAGCCUCUCAGACCAUUUUCAGGUCGUGGAAUAGUGUAACAAACUUGUUCUUAGUGUUCUGUUCUUCAGUGAAAAACACGAAACUACACCAGUUUAUUAUCCCUGCCAUUUUGUACUGAAAGACCUGUCGCAAUUUGAAUUGUGUCUUUUUGUUGCUUUGUUUGUUAUGAAGAUGUUAAAAAUACUGAAUCGUGAUUUUACGUUGUUUCAGCAUGCCACUAUCUUACUGGAUAAAGCUUUGGACGGCUGUAAAUGGAACGUAAGUUUUAGAAAUUUUCAUUUGAAAUUUAUGUUGAAUGUGAACGUAUUUGACCAUUUGAGGAGGCCAUUAGCCCUGCCAAUAGAUAGUCACGUCAACUGAGUUUCAAACUCUCAAAAAAGCAAAGCGUAGGGUAUGCUAACAAUUAACAGAAACUUAAUAUCCGCCAGAAGACAGGAGCCUUUCUAAGCCCAUUACAAGAAAAAGAAUAAAAGAACUUUUCUUUUUGUCGUUAUUAUGCUGUAAAUCUUUAACCACGCGUGCAGUAUGGUCUUACGGUUGUGUUUUCUCCCCAGAUUGCGCGCGAUCUAGUCCGUUUUCUUCGUUGUAUCGGAGCAGACGAACUCGACUCCCCUCCACGAUCCCCUACGUUCGUGAAACCACACCACCCCCCACCCCUGAGUCCAGCCGCGUCUGUAGAUAAUGACGAUAUUCCUUAUACGGUAAAUCCCCACGCACGCUCGUCUAGCGUGACGAAGCCACCAUCACGCGGGUCCCUCACGCGUGGAAGCUCCAUAGAGAAAGCGUACAUAACAAGAACUUCUUCAUCAGACAAGGGAUCUUUAACAAGGUCAGGUUCAAUGGACAAGUCACGGAAAAGUGUAACAUCAAUGUCACCGAAUUCAGCCACUCAACCAAAGUAAGACUGUCACGUCAUUCUUACCAUUUCAGUCUUAUUACCUGUAACACAACAUGUAAAAUUAAUUGAAGGAGUCACACAACGUGUUUGUGGUCUUGAAAAAGUAAGUCUUAUUUUUUUUAAGGAGCUAAGUUUCUAAGGAAACUUUAGUUCUUCGUCGGUGGGGUUUACGGACGAUAUGAAUUGGCCACCGUCACAGGAGAGCUUCUGAAGCUGACAUUUCGAGCGGUAGAUCUUCUUUAGCGUGGUUAAUACUUGUCAUUUGUGAUAUUAUUUUUAUUUUUCCAUCCCCAAGCUUUUUAUUUUUCUAUUCACUUUAUCCUCAUCUUUUUUGUUGUUUUCUUCAUUCUGAAAAGCUAUGAUGUGUCAUCUCUUGUAGUAAAAUGUUCUGCCCCGCAAAAACAAAUCACGUUCCCAUUUAAUGUGGGUUUUUUCUGUGAUUUAUAAAUAACCAUUUAAUAGCUCGCUUUAAUUCUCUUGACCAUUUGACUCCAAAGAGUGACUAACAUCUAAUUUCUCCUUACCAUAUCACCCCUGAAUGACUCAUUGAGGUCACGAGAAUAAAGGAAAUGACACCUUCUUCGUGUCAGCACCUUACGAAAUAUUUAGAGAACAGUAUAGAGAAUCUGCAUAUACUGAUGUUAGAGUGUAAAGGGUUAUUGUAAUAACUUUACUCACUCUUUCCCUGGACAGACGACCCACAGAGCUUGAAACACCCGACAACUUUUUCAUCGACACCAUAUUGAAUCGUCACGCCAGACUGCUACUAACCGCCAUGCGUCUUAGGGAUUUGGGAAAAUUCGCCGCUUAUUUAGAGUUCCCUCUUAUACCUUGGCUACGCAAAGAGAGGUAAGAAAGCAUCGUCUUGUUUCAAUAUGGUUAACCCUUUCACUCCCGUAAGUGACCAAGACAAGUUUUUCUUUACGAUAUCAAUACAAUAUCAUGCAGACAAGUGAUGCGAAUAAAGAAAAAUACUCAUUGGGGGAUUAUUAGUUGAUACCAAAUUUACUGAAGCAACAUCAUAAGAAAUUUUAUGGCAGACUGUAAGGAGAAUUAUUGAUGAGAUCUGGGAGUGAAAGAGAUAAGCAGAGAGCUGAUGGGAGAUAAAGAUGACAAUAACACUCUACUGUGUGCUCGAUAUUUCUCCUCUCCUGGACUCAGAUUUUAGACACAAGUGUCCGAUAUUAGACACUUUUGUCUGAUGUUAGACACAAGUAUCUAAUUUUUUGUUGGUGUCCGACUUUAGACACUGGUUUCCAAUUUCGGAUACUAGUGUCUGAUUUGGAACACUAGAGUCCGGUUUUAGACACUAGUGCCCGACUUAAAAUACUAGUGUCUGACUUAAGACACCUGUGUCUGAUCUUUGACACUAGCGUCCGAUUUAAGACGCUGGUGUCCGAUUUUAAAUACUGGUGUCCGAUUUUAGACAGUAGUGUCUGAUUUCAGACAAUAGUGUCUGAUUUUGGACAUGUAUGUCCGAUAUAAGACACUAGUGUAUGAUUGUACACGGUAGUAUCUGAUCUUAGACACCAACGUCGGAUUUUAGUCACUAGUGUCCGAUCUUAGACACUACUGUUUGACUUCAGACACUUGUUUCCGAUUUUAGUCACAAGUGUUCGAUAUCUGACAUCGGUGUCCGAUUUUAGACUCUAAUGUCCAGGUUUAGACAUUAGAAGUGUUCUCUCAUAUUUUAACCUUGAGAGAUGAAAGAAAUUUUCAAACCACUAGAGCAGCCUUUUUUCCGUUAAAUUCUAAAUAAUUCUAAGCGAUAUGAAAUGGUGAUAAGAGGUACUAAAAGUGGUCAGUUGUACUGGUUACCGCCUGAAGAGAACACAGCACCUUUGGAAGGUUAUGGUUCAUAUUGAUUGCGGUGCCGGAUUAUAAAGACGUUGAAUUGACCGGAUACAUGACAACGAUUCUGAAAGUAUUGCACCAUAGCUCCAAGUUAACUUGAGGCUUUGAAUAGAAGCUUAGCAUGAUCCACCUUUUUCCUUUCUUUGUUAGGAUUCGCGCUGCUCGUUUGGACAAUUAUGUUGAAACUUUAACAAGUAUCCACAAGAGUUUCGAUCUUCCUUAUCCAGCUGUCAAUCAACUGUCAUCGGCUCCGCUGUCUCCUAAACCUUGGAUUAGACAUGGUGAGAAUAAAAACUUUCUGAGGGGUGGUGGGGCACGAGGCUAUCUAUUUCCCUCCCUCCCUCCCCCUCGAUUCUGGUCUGUAGAAGUAAAUAUUUAAUAAUAAAUCAUCUUGGUAUGCUCCUGAAUUCCAGAUACCCUUACCCCCAGCGUUCAAUUCCCAAUCGAUGAUUGAAGGUAUUUUUCCUCGAUAAUUAUCGCCAGUGGAUAUUGUGCGAUAAACGAGGCUCCAUAUCUUGAUAGCUAGUGUUAACCCUUAACUCCCUUGAUCUGAUUGUUAAUUCUCCCUUCCAACUGCUACGUAUUUCCUUAUAAAUUAGUUACGAGAAACUAUUGUUAGAUUAACUUACCUGAUAAAUUUGAGUAUUCUCAUUAACUGUUUGCUGGAUAAUGUAGGGAUAUUGAGAAGUUACAUGUUUAUCACUCGUAGGAGUUAAAGGGUUUAACAUAUUGGAUGAUAGUUAAUUGAUAGAGUUGUAGAGACACUUGUGUAAAGGUCGAAAUGUGAUGAGUGAGAGGUUUUCGUCUAAAAAAGAGAUACAAUGGUUAUAUUCAAUGGCAGUAACACUUAACUGGAGGCAUUUCUAUUCAGGUCGAUUAUCAUCAGUGUCUUCGUCAAGCAGCACGCGCGGCGGCCGACAAAAUCUGGACGAGUUGGAAGGUAGGAUGGAACUGGAAAUCGAGCUUGGAGAGGAGAUAGAAGAAGAAGAGGCACAGUUGUCCCCGGUCUAUAGAAGUGAGUAUCUAAAUUUCGUUGGGGAUGUGUCCUUCAGUUUAAGUUUUCGUGGACGGAAGAGCCACUUUUCUUGACAAAACGUUCAGCACUUUACACUCUCAAGGUGCGUCUAAGUUUCUGUUGUUUUGACAGAUGAUGAAAGUGGUCGAGUCAGCGGUGAUCCUUCGGAAACUAGUUCAGUGGCGCACUCAAUGGAUGGCGAGGAGGACUGGGUAUGGGGUGGGGAAGGACCUAGUUACGUGGAUGUACAGGAAAUUCGAGCUCAGCUUGCGUUCAAUGGUUCUUUACAGGCGCUGAGAGAGAUAAGGUCAGUUGUGUUUGGCGUUUCAUGGGGUUCUCCAUCCCUUUCCCCCCCUCCCUUACUAACUCAGGAGUGCUUUCCUCUGUUCGUAUUAGACAAAGUCUCUCGCGAUACUGUGUAUGAAUUUAAAGGUCAAAGAGACAGAUACUUCUGUGAAUCGUCGAAGGAUUUAUAUCGUUGAUAUGAAGCUUCCUAGCUUAUACAGAGAAUUUAUUGAAAAUGGAGAAAUUUUUUGUUCCAAUCCCUAACCUCGUAUUUUUCUUCAUUUUAAGAUUUUUACUUCAAAUGUUUAUUGAGGCCAAAUGUCACGAUUGGUGGUUCAUGCUUUCGCUGGUGUUGCGUGACAGUACGUGUUUGACUGACUUCGUUGAUGACGUAAUUAAAAUGCGUGACAUGACUAUCGACUCACUGUCCCGGAUUAGAGACGGAAUAGCAUCGCUGGAGGCCUGGGCUGAGCAGAAUUGGUAAUUCAGCCUGUAUAGUUAAACGAAGUAUUUUUGGUCCGGUGGUUAUGUUGUAUGUGUCAGUUUUGGACAGUAGCCAUGUCUCGUUUUAAAUGGCAAAUGUUGACCUCCUUUUUCACCUCUAUUUUUAUCAAUUUGUUUUUCUUUCACCAGCCAUGGUUAUCAUCUCUUUUUCGGCCUUCACAAAGAACACUGGCUUGCCCUUGAUGCAGCAUUAGAAGCGGCUAAAGUUGCGCCCAUUGAACAAAAGGACAGUGGUCCUGCUCCUGACUCGGGCCGCUACUCGCGUCAGUCCAGCACGAGUAAGGAUGAAGAAAAGCCUGGUAACGAGGAAGAGGAAAGCGAAGAAGUGGCCGAGGAAGAGAAGAACGAGUACGAGUGUGUUGUUUCAUAAACAAAUCUGGACUAUCAGCCCUGUGUGUGGUUUUUAGUGCAGUGGAAAUUUCGAUCAUAGAUGCGAACCUGUGGAAUUUUGAAAAUUUGAUGAGAAGCAUCUAAUAAGAUGCUCCAAACAAGAAGCGCGAGGACUGAAAUGAUAAUGUUAUAGAUGGAAUCGUAUACAGCUCUCCAGGCUGAUGUCAUUUACCGGAACCCGUGACAAACCGAGGAGUUGUUCGGAGAACAAAACGAGCCGUGAAAUAAAUCUACAACUAAUAGUCUGUGGUCUUGAACUUUGCGCAUACAUCACUUUAUCGUCAAAAUUUACGAAAUAUGCUAAUUACGAAAAUGUUCCCAGCACAACCAUUCAUUUUCUGGAGGCAAAUUACACCACACCCUUAGGUAUAAGUACUGUUUUAAAAAAUCAUUUUAUCUCAGUCUUACUAGACAGUCAUCGAGAGAAAUACGCCAACCUGCCCUCUCCCUCUAUACUCAUUUUUUUAGACUUGAUUAACGC